AUGAGUAGGAAGAGAUCAAAAAUGUCUUCCAGUGGCACUCUCAGUAACUGCUAUGUGGACGCUAUAAUGGGUCAGGAGCCGGAGGAUGUGUACGGUGCUCGCUUUAUUCAGGCUCCACACUCGGUGACCCCGAGGCCGCCAGGUGCUGGGGACAACGCAGACUUCUCCUCUUGCAAUUUUGCACCAAAGUCGGCUGUUUUCUCGUCGUCUUGGUCCCCGGUUCAUCCGCAGGGGAUUUAUCAUCCGUAUGUGCACCACCACCAUCACCACCACCACCAGUCCCACCUCCCCGCCUCAGACGGUAGAUAUGUCGGCGUCCGCUCCUGGAUGGACCCCAUCUCCAACCACGUUUCGUUUGCCGGAUUUCACCCAGGCAAUCGGCCGUACGGGACAAAGCCAGACGUCUUACCACCGAAAGCGACAGAUUGCGACACAUCGGAGGUAGAGGCUCGACCGCUCGCCGGUCAGUACGCGUGUGGAGCGUCGGAGUGUCCAGAAAAGACGAGCAAAGAGCACAGUGGAAGUGAGCUUUCGAGCCACAGCGAGCCCAAAGAGGAGAAACAACAACAACUUGACCCAAACAACCCUGCAGCAAACUGGAUCCACGCACGAUCCACGAGAAAGAAGCGAUGCCCGUACACGAAAUAUCAGACUUUAGAGCUGGAAAAGGAGUUCCUCUUCAACAUGUAUCUGACCAGAGACCGACGCUACGAGGUGGCCCGCAUACUCAGUUUAACCGAGAGACAAGUGAAGAUCUGGUUCCAGAACAGGAGGAUGAAAAUGAAGAAGAUGAACAGAGAGAGGAACGGCAAGGAGCAGCUAUGA